AUGCCACCACACGGGGGCCGCUUCCCCGGCCACAACCUGUCCAACCCCUUCGCCCAUCUCUCACAGCCGAUCCAUCAACAACCACAGUUGCAACAGCAGCAGCACCAGCAAAACAUGCAGCACCCAGGCUUCGGCAGCGCGAAUCCACAACACAACCUGAACCUCUUCAGCCAUAACCAGGGCAAUUUCCAGUCAAAUGCGGCGCUCGCCGGCAUAGGGGGAGGUGCAUCAGGCCUCGGCGCGGCAGCAACGCUCGGCGGGGAUGCCCAGAUGGGUCGCGCACAAGAUGGUACAAAGGGCCUUGCCGGACAACGUAUACGCGAAGUGUGGCGUAAUAACCUGCAUCAAGAGAUGGAACUGCUGCGUUCUUUGGUGGAGAAGUACCCGUAUAUCAGCAUGGACACCGAGUUCCCCGGAGUCGUUGCCCGCCCUAUCGGAGAAUUCAACUCCAAAGCGUCGUAUCACUACCAGACCGUACGCUGCAACGUUGAUCUCCUCAAGAUCAUCCAAUUGGGAGUAACGCUCUUUUCGAUACAAGGCGAAAUACCGCCAUCACAUCUCGACCCUUCAGAGUUAAAUUACCAGCCAAAAGCAGUGCUACAGUAUGCGAACAAUAUAGUAGUCUGUCCGUGCACCUGGACAUUCAACUUUCAAUUUUCCCUUGAAGACGACAUGUAUAACGAGGAGUCUAUCCAGAUGCUGAAGAAGUCCGGCGCCGACUUUCAGAAACUCGCAGAGCAAGGAAUUGAUACUCAGGAGUUUGGAUCCCUCCUUAUAACCUCCGGCAUGAUCUUGACUCCCGAUGUUAACUGGAUAUCCUUCCACUCGGGCUACGAUUUCGCAUACCUGAUCAAGAUGCUCACAGCUAAGCCGCUACCCGAGAACGAGGAAGACUACCGCAACCUCGUUGAAGUCUUCUUCCCACGACUGCUGGAUGUCAAGUAUCUAUGGCGACACGCAAACAGCCUUGUGCGCCGCGGCGUGAUUGGGUCGCAGGCAACAAGCAUACUCAAUAACCUUGGCACAAAAUCUGGCCUUCAAGAUCUUGCCGACGAGCUAGGCUGCCAGCGCAUCGGUAACUCACAUACUGCCGGUUCAGAUGCUUGGCUCACAGGCAUCGUCUUCUGGGAGCUUCAAAAGAAGAUCUUCGACGGCAAGGUACCAGACGAUAUGAACGGUCAGAUGUGGGGUCUUACUGGGGUUGGACCGCCGGCUAGCGCGACUGCUCAAGCUGCCGUCCUUGCGGCACAAGGGCAGAACCUUACGGGUUAUCAAGGAAUGAACGGCGGCAUGAUGUUCCAUCCUGGCGGCCAAGCAGCCCACCGUGACGGACCCAGUACACCCACCAGCCACCCCGCUGGCCUUGCAUCAACGCCAGGUCCGUCACAUGGAGGCAUGAUCACACCUGGUGCCACUGGCACUUUUGGUGAGUUCAGAUACGGUGGCAAGUAA